AUGAUAAAUAAUAAUAAUUAUACAAAUACCAAUAUUAAUAAUAUUAAUAAUUAUAAUAAUAAUAAUAAUAAUAAUAAUAAUAAUAAUAAUAAUAAUAAUAAUAAUAAUAAUAAUGAAUUUUUUGAUAAAUUAAAUUAUUUAAAAUAUUAUUGUAAAACAUGUAAAGAAUCAAUAAGUCUUAAAAGUAUUAUAAAUAAAAAACAUUUUGGUCAUAAAUUUGAAAUUAUAAAAAGUAAUAAUAUUGAUACAAUUAUUAAUGAAUUAAAAGAGAAAUUAAUAAUUGAUGAUAAAACAUUUGGAAAUUAUAUUGAAGAUUCAAAUAAAAAAUUAAUCGAAACUGAAGAGAAUUUAAAUGAAAAUCUUUAUAAAUUAAAUAACCAAUUUAAACAAUAUCAUGAACAAUUAAAUUCAAUGGAAUUGGAAAUCGUUGAAAAAUUAUUUAAAAAUCAACAAUAUAAUAUUGACUUAAAUAAUACUUUAAAUCAACAAAUUAAUUUACAAAAGGAAAAUUUAAAAAUUCAAGAUAACAAUAAUAAUAAUAAUAAUUUUGAAAUCCUAAAAAAAUACCAAUUAUUAAAUUUAUUAUUAAAUUCAAAAGAAAAUUAUAAUUUUGAAGAAUCAAAUAUUAAUUAUAUAAAUAAUUUAAAUUUAAAUUCAAUUUGUUCAAUUCAACCAAAAAAUAAUAAUAAUAAUAUUAAUAAUAAUAAUAACUUUAAAAAUUUUAAUUUAAAUGAACAAUUAUUAAAUUAUAAUUCAAAUUUAAAUACAAAUUCACCAUCAAAGUGGUAUAUUGAACUAAAUGAUAAAGAUAGUUAUUCAAAAAUAAAUAAUACAACUGAAAAAGAUUUAUAUUAUAUUAUAAUUGGUUCGACUGAUGGUUUUGAUUUUUCAAAUAAUACAGAACCAUUAUUAUCAUCAUUAUUAACAAUUCCAAAAAAUUAUAUACUUGAUACAUCGUUACUAAAAAAGUUUGAUUGUCAUUCACUAAAUUUUCCAUCCAAAGAAAUUAAUAUUAUUAUUUAUUAUAAAGAGAAUGAAAAAGUAAUAAGAAUUUUAAAUAGAACUUUAGAAAAGUCAAAUACCUUAAAUAUUUUACAAAGACAUUUAAAUUUUAAUACAUGUUCAGAUUUCAAGAUUUAUAAUUCAAUUGAAGAAAUUGAAAAUGAAUUUAAUGAAAUAUAUGAAAAUCCAAUUAAAAUUAAAUCUUUUAAAAAAUAA